AUGAAGGUGGGCAAAGUGGAGUUCUGCCACUUUCUGCAGCUCCUCGCCCUCUUACUGUGUCUCUGUGGAACGAGUCAGGCCGAGCUCUCCAGGCCCAGCUCGAAGCCCUAUUUCCAGGCAGGGCGGUCCCGGACCAAGCGCAGCUGGGUGUGGAAUCAGUUCUUCGUGUUGGAGGAGUACAUGGGCUCCGACCCCCUCUACGUGGGAAAGCUGCACUCUGAUGUUGAUAAAGGCGAUGGGUCCAUCAAAUACAUCCUGUCAGGAGAAGGGGCCAGUUCCAUUUUCAUUAUCGAUGAGAACACUGGGGACAUCCACGCCACCAAGAGGCUGGACCGCGAGGAGCAGGCCUACUACACGCUGCGCGCCCAGGCCCUGGACCGGCUCACCAACAAGCCCGUGGAGCCCGAGUCAGAGUUUGUCAUCAAGAUCCAGGACAUCAACGACAACGAGCCCAAGUUUCUGGAUGGGCCGUACACGGCUGGGGUCCCCGAGAUGUCUCCUGUGGGGACCUCAGUGGUACAAGUCACCGCAACAGAUGCUGAUGACCCCACGUAUGGCAACAGUGCCCGAGUGGUCUACAGCAUCCUACAAGGACAGCCAUACUUCUCAGUGGAACCAAAGACAGGAGUCAUCAAGACUGCCCUUCCCAACAUGGACAGAGAGGCUAAAGACCAGUAUUUGCUUGUUAUUCAGGCAAAGGAUAUGGUUGGUCAAAACGGCGGACUCUCAGGCACGACGUCAGUCACCGUGACGCUCACUGAUGUCAACGAUAAUCCACCUCGCUUCCCACGAAGGUCCUACCAAUACAAUGUCCCGGAAUCAUUGCCCGUGGCGUCGGUAGUAGCCAGGAUCAAAGCUGCUGAUGCAGAUAUAGGGGUAAAUGCCGAGAUGGAGUACAAGAUUGUGGACGGUGAUGGAUUAGGGAUUUUCAAGAUUUCUGUUGACAAAGACACACAAGAAGGAAUCAUUACGAUACAGAAGGAACUGGACUUUGAAACCAAAACCAGUUACACGCUCCGGAUAGAGGCGGCCAACAAAGACACUGACCCUCGGUUCCUGAGCUUGGGGCCGUUCAGUGACACAACCACGGUGAAGAUCAUUGUAGAGGACGUGGACGAGCCCCCCGUCUUCUCCUCCCCGCUGUACCCCAUGGAGGUGUCGGAGGCCACUCAGGUGGGGAACAUCAUCGGCACUGUGGCGGCUCAUGACCCGGACUCCUCCAACAGCCCUGUGAGGUAUUCAAUUGACAGAAACACAGACUUGGAGAGAUACUUUAACAUCGAUGCUAACAGUGGAGUCAUCACUACAGCCAAGGCCCUGGAUCGAGAGACCAACGCUGUUCAUAACAUCACGGUCCUCGCAAUGGAGAGUCAGAAUCCAUCUCAAGUAGGACGGGGCUACGUGGCCAUCACCAUCCUGGACAUCAAUGACAAUGCCCCGGAAUUCGCCAUGGACUAUGAGACCACCGUGUGUGAGAAUGCGCAGCCGGGCCAGGUGAUCCAGAAAAUCAGUGCUGUGGAUAAAGAUGAGCCCUCCAGUGGACAUCAGUUCUUCUUCAGCUUGACCACAGAUGCAACCAAUAACCACAACUUCUCCCUGAAAGACAACAAAGACAACACGGCCUCCAUCCUGACCCGGAGGAACGGCUUCCGGAGGCAGGAGCAGGCUGUGUACUACCUGCCCAUCUUCAUCGUGGACAGCGGCUCGCCCUCGCUCAGCAGCACCAACACGCUCACCAUCCGGGUGUGUGACUGUGACGCCGACGGCAUCGCCCAGACCUGCAACGCUGAGGCCUACGUGCUGCCCGCGGGCCUCAGCACCGGGGCCCUGCUCGCCAUCCUGGCCUGCGUCCUCACCUUGCUGGUGCUGAUCCUCCUGAUUGUCACCAUGAGAAGGCGGAAAAAAGAGCCCCUGAUCUUCGACGAGGAGAGGGACAUCAGGGAGAACAUCGUGCGCUACGACGACGAAGGCGGAGGGGAGGAAGACACCGAGGCCUUCGACAUGGCCGCCCUGCGGAACCUCAACGUCAUCAGAGACACCAAGACCCGGAGGGACGUGACUCCAGAGAUCCAGUUCUUGAGUCGCCCCACGUUUAAGAGCAUCCCGGAUAAUGUCAUUUUUCGGGAGUUCAUCUGGGAAAGGCUGAAAGAGGCCGACGUGGACCCCUGUGCGCCUCCGUACGACUCUUUGCAGACAUAUGCCUUCGAGGGCAACGGCUCGGUGGCCGAGUCCCUCAGCUCCCUGGAGUCCAUCAGCUCGAACUCGGAGCAGAACUACGAUUACCUCAGCGACUGGGGGCCGCGCUUCAAGCGCCUGGCCGACAUGUACGGGACAGGCCAGGAGGGCCUCUACUCCUAG